GUUUUGCGAAUAACCCCCUUCUGGAAUCAGUCCCCCGGGGUUCAACUAUACCCUCCAGAUGGCCGCUCCUGCUCCCCCCAGCGAUCUAGAACAGAGGAAUAUCAUAGAUAAGCUGGCUGAAUUUGUCGCUCGAAACGGUCAAGACUUCGAAUCACUCACUAAAGAGAAGCAGCGUGAAAAUCCAAAAUUCGCUUUCCUUCAAGGAGGUGAAUAUUACGAUUAUUAUAAGUACAAGGUGGAAGAUUUUCGUAAGCAUUGGCAAGAUCAGAGACCGUACAAGGAGAAUUACCAGCAGAACUUCGACUAUGGCUAUCAGUGGGGUGGUGGCCGGCAAGGGCAAAGCGAUCCCCAAUGGGAACAAUAUGGUCCGGGUAGGGAUUACGGGCCACGUUAUCCUCCAGCACAAUCUUCUUGGCCUCAAGGAUCGGAAAACGCCUGGUAUCCGCCUCAGGCAUGGUCCGGUGGUCCUCCAUAUCAGGGUGGUCCAGGUAUGCCAAAUAUGCAACCAGGAUAUGGACCACCACCGUUGGGCAUGGGUGAUGGGUAUCGUGGUCGCGGAUAUGGCAUGCAACCCCCCUUUGGUUAUCAAGGUCCUCCAGGUCCCAAUCCUCCAGCUGGAUAUCCGUAUCCUGCGGAUAACUUCAACGAUUAUGCAUCCGCUGGUGACUAUGGAGGCCCCCCAUGUGACGGGACAGCUGGUUCUGGUGUGGACGAAGCAUGUCCCGAGCUUGGCGAAUCAGAUAUUGAGCAAAGUGAGAAGAACCUUCAAGCACAGCAUGAGGUAUUGAUGUCCCAGCAGGCUACUGAAAUCGACCAGCUGCUUGACCGAGUUCUGGUUGAUUCUGUGAAAGAACGAGGGGCCAAGCACGGGAUAUCAUACGAACAGAUGGAUGAAAUAAUUCAACCACUAAUUGAGUCGUGCACCAAAGAGAAUAUAUCGAAGGGAAAAAGUUGGGUUAUUGAACGUGGAACGGAAUCCGACGAACUGGCAUCACUUGUGCUUGAUUACCUACUGGCUCGCUCAGCUGAUCAGAACGUUUCCUUUGAGCUCAGACUUCACUUGGUUUACCUGAUGAACGACGUCUUGCAUCACUGCAAGCGGCGUGGGGCACCAAAUCAUUUACAGCGAGUUGUACCACUCCUCUUUUGCCUGGCGGCAAAUUUGGCUGACGAUGAUAAGAUGACCAAGCUCAACAGAGUUUUGGAUCUAUGGGACUCGAACGGCUACUUACCACCAACUGUACUCGAAAAGAUGCGACCUCCGAAACUGGGGACAUUCUUAACCGAAUGGAAGGAAGAACGGGAGAAGGUCAAUGCGGCGGGCAUUUCGGAAAUUAAGAGCAAAAUUGAGGCACAAUACGCCAGCUUGGAAAAACAACACCAGGAGUUCGCUGACCACGUCCGGCAGCAGUUGGCGACUUUGCGCGAGGAUGUUGAAUCGCGGCAACAGCACCACCAGCGCCAGUUUGAACCACCCCAACAACCACCACUUCAUCAAAUGCAGGGUGGCGGUGGUCCAGGCUAUGGAAUGUGGGGCCCACCGGGUCCUCGGCCAAUCCCAUCUUACGAGGGUGAAGACGAUGGUGGUGAACCUUCACGCAGAAUGCCUCCUGGGGGAUAUUACAUGCCACCGCAUAUGGAUGGCCCUCACAGUGGUGGCCCGGGAUACCACCAUAGCGGUGGCUGGCCAGAGAAUCACGGUGGCGAUUGGGGUCGGCCUCCAUUUCAUCCCUACCCUCCACAGGGAUAUGGUCAUCCUCGUAUGCGUGGGGAACCAAUGAACAAUAGGCCUUACAUAGAGGGGGAGGAAAAUGACCGGGAUUAUGGUCGACAUUACGAUCGAGAAUAUGAUAACCAGUACGAUAAUUACUAUCGGUAUGAUGAUCGUAUGCGUGGAGACAAUCGCAGUAGCAGUGAUCGGUCCCACCAUCAUCGGUCACGUCCUUCACGUUUCUCCUCUGCCUCCUCGCGGCGUGAAAGUUCUCGUGAGGAAGCACCAGAAGAACACAGACCUCGACAGUCCCGUGGACCGUACCCCUCUGGCGAUCAUGAUGCAAGUAUCCCCGAACCACCCCCAGAAAUCCCUAUCGACCCGAAAGACCUCGAACCGAAAUGCCCAGUGUGGGAACUGCCUGCGGGCCUUAUGCAUCCAUUGAUCCCUUUGUGCGAUUUUGAUUAUACACCAUUGGAUGGAUCUAAAAUGCGACUACUUCCCCCGAAAGCCCCAACGGAACGACUUCUUGUUGCAAUUGACGCGUUCUAUUUACCGCCCAGUCAUGAUCGGACGCGCGACGGGGAAGGGUGGGAACGGUUAGGGUUAUAUGAGUUCUACACGAAGAAAGAAAAUGCGCGUGAUAUAUUGGACAAGCUAAGGCGGAAUAAUAAUUCAGAGGAGCGUGAUCGCGGUUCAUCACGCCGAAGCCGAAAACAUAGUGGUGGUAGUAGCGCGGCUGACAGCGUGUCCGAUGGUGAAUCUCAGUCUGGGUCUGCAGCAGGUAACGAUGCCGUACAAUUGGAUCCCGAAUCAGAGUACGCCAAACCGUUCAGUCGGGACACAACGCGUGGAAACUCUCGACCGGUGCAUCAUCUGUCGCAUAUCACUGCUUAUCCAACCGCAGCCAUCGGACAGGGAAUUCGUACCGGCCCCGAGGCGCUCACACACGUCCCUCCGCCAGGAAUGCAAACUGCCUUUCCAGGAUUAAAGGGUCCCGGAAUAACUAUUCCGCCGCCAGGUGCAGCGCCACUGAUGCCUGCUGGUGGAAGAGUUGCCCCGCCUGGGUUUCCUGGACCCGCAUUUCUACAGUUUCCACCUCCAAGUAUGUCACAACCACCUCCGGAUUUGCCACAUGGACUUAUUCAACGACCGCAAGGUGGAGGACCUGGGUACUCAGCAUCUCGCGUACGGCAGGAUGCUCGGCGUUCGCAGUCUCGUUCGAGAGCGUGUUAUGUAAACAUUCCAGGCCAAUUAGUUUGUUCCUAUCAAACACGCGCUCCCGGUCUCGAUCCCGCUCUGCUGAUUCUCGUCGCUCCCGAUCACCGAGCCGCUCACGAUCACGCAGUGUGCGGUCUCGAUCGCGUUCUCGAUCACGUGCCUCACGGUCACGCUCCAACUCCCGUUCACCCUCAAGCUCUCGCAAUGCUGAUGAAAAUGGGUCUGGUUCAAACUCUGUCCAACGCGGAUCUUCACGGAGUACUCGAAGGGGACGCUCCUGGACCUGGUGGUAUUGGAAGCGGUGGCAGUUCCCUCAGCAGCAGCAGCUUAAUGGCAGCCAGGGCCGCGGCAAUGGCCGUUGCUGCGUCCAUAACUAAUUCUCUCAAUGCAAACAAAAACGCACCUCCGAACAACAAUGCCCCAAUGGAUAGUAAUCCACCACCACGGGGUUGGAGCAGUCGUCCUGACGGCUCCGGAUCUCGGGUUGGAGGUUCGGGUAGCAGGUUUUCCGGACCGCCUGGCGGUGGGGCUGAGGUUGGUGGUGAUAUGAGGCCUUAUGGUGGAGGCUACCAGUCGGGUCCACCACCUGGUCGCGGUCCGGGUCGCAGUAGGUUCAGUGGAGGUCCCACCCCCAGUCGAGUUGCUGAGAUGCAUCUUCUGGGCGCCGGUCCGGAUGAACGUUAUCCUCAACAACAACAACAACCACACAAGGACUAUCCGCGUUAGAUUCCCACUGACCCUUACGCUGAAGUGUCGAUCCUUCUUUCCCUGUUCGUUGUGCAGUCGAUUCUGGUUUGUUUUUUUAUGAAUUUCCAAAGUAAAUUAUUAUUUGAAAAUGACUCGUUUUUAUGUUUUUCCGAACACGCGGUCAGCUGCGUCUUCCGUUUGUUUCUGUAUUUCCUGAUCUGUUUCACUAUUUGGGGAGGAUUCAGCACUCUGUCGUGAUCAUGGGAUUUCUUAGGGGGGCGACUGGUUUCAUUGGACUAACAAUGUGGAUCGGUGGUUAGAUGUCACUUCGCUCCAUCUUCGUUAAUAUCAAGUUAACGAUGAACCGAUCUCCGAUGAAUCGGGGAUCAGGGUAGGCGAAUAGUUUAAAGAAUUAGCACCACAGCAGUAACUUUUGAUCAGUAAAGUAAAGUAAAGUAGUCGCGGGAAAUAUCAGUUAUACAAAGUGGAUUUUCUGCUUGUCUUGAGAAUUCCCUGCCACUUAAGCAGACUACUCUAGUAACUACGGUUUCCAGUUGAGUUUGUUCACGUGGUCGCAUUCUAUCCGAGACACCAGUAACCGUUAGUGUCAGCGACAGUACUUCAAUGUUUAAUACCAAUGUUUUACUGCCACACAACCAUAAGUUAUUAUAAAAAAAGAAUAAAAGGCAAGGUGUCGCCAUGGUGUUAAAGCUCCCAGAUGUGUGCACAUUCAGUCUAAACAGAAGCGCACAACGAGAACGCAGUUGACAUUAAUUCCUAUCCCCAUAUUGCGGCGUCUUCAGUCAAGCACGCGGAAGGUCGCCGCAUCCCAUGUUGGGAGACAGGUCUCGCCAACAAUAUCUAGACUUUUCGGAUUCGCUUUCGUGCCCUUCUGCCAGGUCAAAGGUCGAUUGUCUCUGUUCACGCCACUCCGAAUUGAGCACGAAAUGAAUGCACACUUCUCGGCAGAUGAUGGCUCGGUACGUGUAAUAAAUAACUAAGCCACCGGUGUUGGAUACAAUCUUAGGUUGAAGUCACUGACGCGCUUUCUAGUCGCUGACAGUAGUUAUCAAAGACCGCGAAACGUCUCAGCUUCGGUAUCUGCAGAGGCCACGUCUCAAGUACACAACAGAACAACCCCCUACUGUAGCCUGAUUUGCACGUCCAUUGGGAUUCACAUAUAUACCACUUUGUCGCCAUUUUUCUCACAAACUGGCAAACACCAUCUGAGCACUCACCUCAUUCAUUACACCGCAUUAGGAUACAACACAACUCCCGAAAGUACAUGCAAAGUCCAAAACAACGAGGUUCAGUACUACUUGGAUAUGCCAAAAUUUUGUGGAAGGAUUUUCUUACGCGUUGCGAUUGGCCCUUACCUACUAUAACAUUGAAGGUAGUCUAAUCUGACAAUUUUAGGGAUAUAGUGUUGGGGAACGGCUUUUCAUGCUUCACGGGGACGCAUUAGCUAUUUGAAUUCCUACCGCUUAGAGUUCUGGUCUGUAUAAUGCAUCCUUGUGCAUUUCUUAAUAUAUUUACCGAUCUCAGGCAUUCUUUGAGAGUCAUCUGAAGCGCCGAAUGGAGUUCUGACUCUGGACUUGGCCGCAAUGUGAUUGUCGUUUCCUUUUCUUCGUUAGUCUGCGCCUGUACAGUGUUUAGGUUAAAUUCACCAACUUAGGGUUAACCGAAGAGUCUUCUGGGUUUCUACGAUUUCAGCUUUUUAGGGAUUGUUUUACGAAUCCUUGAUCCUUGGCAAGUCAGUCUUCUCCACUAGAUAUCGGUCAUACGAUUGGAAUACCAUCAAAACAUUAGAAUCGCGAGCGUUUUUCAAACAACACUACCUAAGAGCAACUACCUACCAACGCUUUCCUUACAGUAGCUUUCGGAGAUGCCUGUCCAUUGAAAAGCGAAGGGUACAAGCAUCCUUCCAACCAGACGGCUGUCCGUGAGUCGAACGUCUUUCAAGCUAUUCUCCUAAGACGACCUGAUCACUUUUACAUUCAAUCAGAAUGGUGAAGGUUUGCGUCGUCGGUUGCCUUCAUGGAGAAUUGGAUCGAGUCUACACGGACAUUGCUGCUGCGGAGGAAGCUGGAGGGUUCAAAACUGACUUGGUCCUUUGUUGUGGCGACUUUCAGUCCCUACGCAAUCCGGUGGACUUGUCUGGGAUGAGUGUCCCACCAAAGUACUAUGCAAUGGGUGACUUUUGGAGAUACUAUUCGGAAGAACGACGUGCUCCAGUGUUGACCCUGUUCAUCGGUGGCAAUCACGAGGCCUCUGCAUAUUUACAAGAAUUGCCCUAUGGUGGCUGGGUUGCGCCAAACAUAUGGUAUAUGGGAUAUGCCGGUGUUGUCCAGUUCGGAGGUCUGAGGAUAGCAGGCCUCUCGGGUAUCUAUAAGCAACACGACUACACAAUGGGGCACUACGAGCACCCUCCAUACUCCGAAUCAUCCAAAAGAUCAGUGUACCAUGUUCGCAAUCUAGAGGUUUUUCGAUUAGGUCAAAUCCGUCGACCCGUGGACAUAGUGCUCAGUCAUGAUUGGCCACGUGGUAUCUAUCACUACGGCAACUCCAGAGCCCUAAUUCGCUACAAGCCACACUUUGCGGAAGAGAUUCGGGAGGACGCUUUGGGCAGCCCACCGGCGGAACAGCUCCUGUGUCGUCUACGACCCAGAUACUGGUUCUCUGCACAUUUGCAUUGCCAAUUCGCUGCAGUCGUUCAACACCUGGAUUAUUCUCACGGUCAGUUGAGACAGACUCGUUUCUUGGCUCUCGAUAAAUGUCUUGCAAAACGAGACUACAUUCGAUUCAUGGACAUUGAUCCACAGAAUCCGUCGCCAGAUUCUUCCUUGCAGUUGGAUGAUGUGGACACUUGUGAUGCAUCAUUCAUUGUUAGUAUUGCAUUGAAGUCCUCACUUCCUGAGCCGGUUUGCA